AUGUCAUCCAUCUCUUUUUCCCUCCAGACACUGACAACCAUACUCUCUCUAUCUACCGUCUCAGCAUUUCCAAAUGUCAAAAGAGCACCGACUCCUCCAUUCAAAGAUGAUUUCUACAGCCUCCCGAAAGGCUACGAGAAGGCACCUCUAGGAGAAUUCCUCCGUCACCGAGAGCCACCAGGACCUCUCGCAGCAUUCGGAAACAUUCCAUUGAAUCUUCACUCCGCGUACCAGAUCUAA